UAUUCCAACCUCUUCUACAUCCAAACUCGAGAAAGUCAUGCUCAUGCAUCCCCUACCACACCCGUUUAAUAACGCUUUUCUAGCAUCGUUAACCACUUCGAAAGCGUGUCAUUUGCGAGCCCAAAAGUACGUCGCCACUGGUUCAAUAUUUUUGUUUCUUUUACAUGCAAAAAAAAAAAAGCAUCUACAACGACAUGCCUUGGUUGCACACCAGCACAGCUAUUCAGCUCCAAACAAACAUGCCACGCAUGAACCGGGCAGAACAGAACUCUCCCUAUCCCCCGACACCUGCCCCGCCCACGAGCCCACAACACAGAGCAGUCGCAGAGGCAGAGGCAUGGCCACGCCGCGCGCGAGCAGGCGCCUAGCCGCGGGCGACGGGCCCCAGGCCACGCCGGCGGUCGGCCCGGCGUCGGGCGGCCGGGCGCCGUUCAACCUCUCCUCGGGGGCCGCCACGGCCGUGGUGUUCGUCUCCAUCGUGCUCUGCUUCAUCCUGCUCUGCACCUACUGCCGCUGCGCCCGGCAGCGGGCCAUCGCGGGGGCGCGCCGCCGCGUCAUGCGCGAGCUCGUCCCGGGCGCCGCGCUCUUCCUCCGCCCGGCCGCCGCCGCGCUGCCGCCCGUGGUGCCCUACGCGGGGGCCGCCAGGAAGGGUCUCCCCGAGGACUGCCCCAUCUGCCUCGAGCCCUUCGGCGGCGACGACGGCGUUAGGGUCGUCCCCGCGUGCGGCCACCUCUACCACGCUCCCUGCAUCGACCGCUGGCUCGACAUGCGCAACUCCUGCCCCGUCUGCCGAUGCGCCGUCGCCAGCCUCUACGACGCCGACCGCGCCAGGGACGCCGCCGCUGGCCGCGACGGUGCCUACGACGACGACGACGACCAAGAGGCCGUCCUGGAGCGCGUCGUCGCGAUGAUCGAGGCCAUAAGAGACGAACAGCGAGAAGAGGAGGCGGCGGCGCGCGCUGCCGGCGGAGACGGAGGGUCAUGACAUGCGUGCUUCCAUUCAAUCGCGGUGCAGGUGCAGCUAACUUAGCCGGGUAAAUUUGUUCGUAGUUUCGGUGCGACAGCAUACAGAUAUAGGGCUAGCUGAUGUGAUUGCUCGCCAUUUCCUGACAGCAAAAUUUUCUUGAAUUGUGUAUAAUCCAAGUUUUGGCAUGGGAUGAAUGGUUCUUUUUUACUGGUUUCAAGAACAAGAAAUGGUAGUCACCACUUUAAAUGCUC